AUGGCAAAGACGUGCUCAAGCUGCUCCGGUACGAUUAGCGGAAUUGAGUUUAUGGUUUGUCGUGGCAUUUGUGGAAAAGAAUUUCAUCUCAGCUGUGUUAGCAUCAGCAAUACCGCAGCCCGAUCCUUAAAAACACUGUCGAAAAAUGUAUACUGGAUGUGUGAUGACUGCGCCGAACUUUUCGAAAAUGCACAUUUUCGAAACCUUGCUUUUGCCCCACCUCCUCAGCAGACAGAAGUAGCUCAGCUUAGCGAAGCCAUUUCAGAACUUCGUUCUGAAAUAAAAUUGCUGUGCACUAAACCACCUGCCACGCCUGUUCCAGUACUCACGCCUGCUCGUCCUGAUUUUCGUCGUGCGCUCAAACGGUUGCGGGCUCCGGAUCCUGUUGUUAACGAACCUUGCAAAUUGGGUGCAAAGAAAUCUUCCGCAGACGUUGUUUCGGUUCCUCUAUGCGCCAACGAAACCGAGAAGCUUUUCUGGUUGUACAUUUCGCGCAUUAAACCAGAAGUAAGCGAAAACAGCGUCAUGGAGAUGGUAAAAGCGAACCUCGAAGCUGACUCUGCGCAAGUUGUAAAACUGGUACCUAGAGGCACCGACGUGAGCUCCAUGAGAUUUGUAUCAUUUAAAGUGGGUCUCGAUCCUGAGCUCAAAGAUAAGGCCCUCAACCCCGAAUCCUGGCCAAACGGUUUGAGUUUUCGCGAGUUCAUAAAUUACGACUGA